AUGCUUAUACGCAGUGCGCACGAUUCAGACGCCCACGACCCACUUUAUAACGCCGCCGCCGCUACUACGUACACCAAGCCAGUUCGUCAUUCCAGCAUGCCUCCCACUAUGAACGGAGUGAACGGAAAGCUCGAGAAAAGCUCGAAGAUGCACUCAAAGGUGGUGAUCAUUGGGUCGGGGCCUGCGGGACACACAGCUGCCAUCUACCUUGCUCGAGCGAACCUGAAUCCGGUUCUGUUCGAAGGUUUCAUGGCCAAUGGCUUCGCCGCCGGGGGUCAGCUCACCACCACCACGGAUAUUGAGAACUUCCCUGGGUUUCCGUCUGGCAUACUCGGUCCUGAACUCAUGGACAAGUUCCGCGCACAGUCCUUACGGUUUGGCACGAAGAUCAUUACGGAGACCGUUGCUAGAGUCGAUCUUUCCUCACGGCCAUUCUGCUACUGGCGCGAAUUUCAGGAGGACCAAGAGCCGGAGACAGCCGAUACCAUCAUCAUUGCGACAGGUGCCAGUGCGAAGCGACUGGGUCUCAAAGGUGAAGAAACAUAUUGGCAGAGCGGAAUCAGUGCUUGUGCGGUGUGUGACGGCGCAGUUCCGAUCUUUAGGAAUAAACCCCUUGCUGUGAUUGGCGGUGGUGACUCUGCUGCAGAAGAAGCAACUUACCUAACGAAAUACGGUUCGCACGUCUACGUCCUUGUCCGCCGAGGAGAGCUGCGUGCGUCGAAAAUCAUGGCGAAGCGGCUACUGAAUCACCCCAAGGUGACGAUACUGUGGCACACGGUCGCGACGGAGUGCCAGGGAGACGGCGACUUGCUGAACAAUUUGCGAAUCAAGAACGUUAUGACCGGAGAAGAGAAAGAUCUGUCAGUCAAUGGGCUGUUCUACGCGAUUGGCCAUGAGCCCGCGACCGCAAUCGUCCGCGAUCAGCUGCAGACCGACCCUGAGGGUUACAUCAUUACAGUGCCCGGUACCACCCAGACCAGCGUCAAGGGCGUCUUCGCAGCGGGCGAUGUGCAGGACAAGAGGUUCCGACAGGCCAUCACAAGUGCAGGGAGUGGAUGUAUGGCUGCUCUCGAGGCGGAGCGACUAAUCGCUGAGGAGGAAGAGGGCGCCGAGGAUUAG